CUCUCUCUCUAUCGAGUCUAUUUGAACGUAUCUUUUGUACUUCAUUCAGUGUUUCUCAGAUUUGUUACCGUGUUGAUUUUAUUCAUUGGAUAAUUAUUGGACUAAAUUAUUUAUUCAGCUGGCAACCCUGCUCUCUGCUCGUUGUAUGAUGGCGGCUUUGGCGAGUUGUUGGUUAUCUGGUGUUGCUAAGGAAGGGGGGAAAAAAAAAGUUUGCCCUGAUGCUGGGAGCUGUUUAGAAGAAUGUGAUCAUGUAAGGAUAAUGGCACUUGUUUGUGUCUGAAAACAAGUUGGAGAGUAGGAUGAAUGAGAAUGAAGAGCUCAUUGUCCCAUUCCAACCUGAUGAAAUGCAUCCAGAAGAAACAGUCUGCAGGAGUGAUAUAACUAACUUUAGCAUAGCAGUGGCAAAUGACAGAACCAGUAAAGAACAAUUCGGUGCUAAGAAGUCAUUUAAUGAAGUUCUUCAAAUUUCUCAAGAUGAGCAAAGGCAGCAAGACCAACUUGGUCCCUAUAUACCUCGUCCACCUUCGCUUCCCAAGCCUCUUGGAGUGGCAAAAGGAAGCAGGACCGUAUUUGAGGAAAAGAAGAAGGUGAGGCGACUGAGGAGCAGUCAGGAGAGCCUCACUGACCCAGCCGAAAUGACCUCUUCAAGCGAUUCCCUUAGGGAAGUCUCCACUUUUCCGGCAUCAAGUAGCGAUACGGUUUUAAAGAAUGGCCAGAAUUCUGAAGGAAGUAAUUUUGAUCAAGUGGCCUGGCAAUCCCCACCAUUCCGGGAUCGUUGUAGCAGCUUCCAUGAGGAGGACAGAUGUCCUCUUGAUCACGGUCAUUCUUCUGGGAAGUAUCCAAAACCUUCCAAGAUUAUUCUUUCCCCGCUGCAGCCCACAGGAGCCUUUCCUCCACUGGAGUAUAGCAUUGCCGCCAUGUCCUUAAGGACCUCUAAUCAGAUUGACAGGGAUUGCAUGGAUUAUAGAAAUGGGAGCCUGCAAGAGAAGUUGCAAAAGAAACUCAGUGACAGCCAGCUUUGGGACACCAUGGUGUCAGACAGCACUUCAGUCAAUUCCAUGAAGUCCACCUUCAGUGUGCUCAACCCAAUCCGGCCCAAGGAUGUGAGGAACAGAAGCUUUUUGGAAGGCAGUGUGCUGGGCAACGGAGCCUUACUUGGGGCUGAAGAGCUGGACCGGUACUUUCCCAGCAGGCAAAUUGGGAUUUACGUUGUCACUUGGAAUAUGCAGGGUGAGAAGGGACUUCCAAACAACCUAGAUGACCUGUUGCUCCCAACAGACACCGAUUUUGCACAAGACUUCUAUAUCAUUGGGGUUCAAGAAGGAUGUCCUGAUAGGAAGGAGUGGGAGAUUCGUCUGCAGGAAACUCUGGGCCCUUACUAUGUGAUGUUGUACGCAGCUGCACAUGGAGUUCUCUAUCUCACUAUUUUCAUACGCAGGGACCUCAUAUGGUUCUGUUCUGAAGUGGAGCAUGCUACCGUCACUACUCGGAUCAUCUCGCAGAUUAAGACCAAAGGAGCAGUGGGCAUUGGCUUUACUUUCUUUGGGACAUCCUUCCUUUUCAUUACAUCACAUUUUACUUCGGGAGAUUCCAAGGUCUAUGAAAGGAUUCUGGAUUACAAUAAGAUAAUCGAAGCAUUAGCUCUUCCCAGAUGCCUUCCUGAUACCAACCCUUACCGUUCUGCUGCCUCGGACGUGACCACUAGAUUUGACGAAGUCUUCUGGUUUGGGGAUUUUAACUUCCGCCUUAGUCAGGACAGGGCAACAGUGGAGGCUAUCUUAAAGCAGCUCACUGGAAAAAACAUGGACAACCUGCUCCAGCAUGAUCAGCUGCGCAAAGAAAUGACAGAUGGUUCCAUAUUUAAAGGAUUUCAGGAAGCCCCAAUCCACUUCACUCCCACGUACAAGUUUGACAUCGGCUGUGAUGUUUAUGACACAACAACCAAACAGAGAACUCCAUCAUAUACAGAUCGAAUCCUUUUUAGGAGCAGACAAUUAGAUGACAUUAAGGUGGUUAACUAUACAUCCUGCUCGUCCAUCAAGACCUCUGAUCACCGGCCCGUCAUUGGCAUGUUUCAGGUCAAACUCCGGCCUGGUAGAGACAACAUCCCAUUGGGAGCUGGGUUAUUUGACCGAGCCGUGUACCUGGAAGGCAUCAGGAGGAGGAUUACGAGAGAACUAAAGCGAAGGGAGGCAAUGAAGAACCAGAGCAACAGCACUGUCUGCUCUGUCUCCUGAUCCAUAGUCAGUCAGGCUUCACACUGUAUCUUCCACAAUCUGGGCUGCUGACUCAGGAAGCUGGACUAUCAGGACCAAAAGGAAGUUCAGAACUCUGGGAGAUACAGCUUUUGAGUCACCAUACAGGAACUUGCACUCACUUACAGGAGCUUGAAAAGAGGCUGUGCCUUAUUGUUCAAAGUUUCUGGUAAGAUUUGGAAAUGUCCAUGAGAAAACUACACGUUCUAUAAAAAGUGGUGAACAUAUGUGGCUGAACAUUAAGGGAAUGUAAGGAUGACCUCUAUAUCUUGUGCACUACAUUUUAUCGAGCAUCUUUUGUGUUUUUAUAUUAGUCAGCUUAUAUUUAAGAUCAAAUGAAAGAUUUGUCUUGUCUUUUCUUUUGGUCAAUCUAAUGCAGUGUUCAAUGGCCCUACACAGAUAAAUCAGCAGCUCAACUAAUGAACAAAGGUAUUACCAAUAUUAAUGUUUCUUUAAAUAUAUAUUUAUUUAUUUAAUAGGUCUAAUUUAAAUUCUGCCCAAAUUCUGGUUUUUAUUGGUUUGUGACUGAAAGUUGGUGUCUAACAAUGGAAAUGUGGCCCGUUAUCUUGAGUUGCAGAAAUGAUCAAGAUUGGAUCCAAUCCAAUCUUGGAAGACUCGGACUGAACACAGUCUCCUUUAAUACGUUUGUCUCUUGCCUUAACUUGUACAAAAUAAUUCAACCUCUUACUCGAUGUCGAUUGGCCCUGUGUACACGACUAAGGACUGAUUUUAAAUGUGACUAUAUUUCUUUUGCAUGGGCCACAAAUAAAAAUUUAUUUGUAAAUCA